GGUCGAGGUGCUCUGUGGGUUCGUGAUGAGAGACGGCCUCUUAGACCCCCUUAUACGAGAGGCCGCGAGGUUUCGAUUUCAGCUCCGCGAAGAGGAGAAAUCUCGCGAUAAACGCGAUUGCGGCUUAACCUGUGGAGGGGCGGUUAGGCUUCAGGGGGUCGGUCCAGGCUCAAGAGGUGUAUUUUGUUUUCGUGUGCUUCCUCGGCCUUCACGCUGGAGGGCCGGUCUCUUUUUCCAUUGUGCGUCAUCUUCUACCAGAGAAAUGAUCGCGUUCCCCUAGGCUAGACACGCUUUUUAAGUAGCAGUAGUAAAAGUCAGUUUGCAAGCAUUGGAAGACUUAUAAAGAAAGGUACAUUGUACAACAUGGAAUCUUUACCAGAAGAAUUUUUUGUGAGUAGGGAUCCUGCUGUGGAGGAGCAGACUGGAGAGGAAACUGAGAAUAAGAUAGAAAAAUCAACCAGUCAACUGGACAAACAGAAAAAGGACAUACCUACUGAUCUUGUUCCAGUUAACCUACUAUUAGAAGUUAAGAAGUUAUUAAAUGCAAUUAAUACUCUACCAAAAGGUGUGAUUCCUCACAUUAAGAAGUUCUUGCAAGAAGAUUUUUCAUUCCAGACUAUGCAGAGAGAAGUUGCAGCCAAUAGCCAGAAUGGGGAGGAAAUUGUUCCUGCUUUAACUUUACGUUUUUUGAUAACACAGUUGGAAACAGCACUUAGGAACAUUCAAGCUACUAAUUAUACUGCAUACCAAAUUAAUAUUGGUUAUUACUUGACAUUACUGUUUUUGUAUGGAGUAGCACUCACUGAAAGAGGAAAGAAAGAGGAUUAUACAGAAGCAGAGAACAAAUUUCUGGUGAUGAAGAUGAUUAUUCAAGAAAAUGAAAUUUGUGAAAACUUUAUGUCUUUAGUUUAUUUUGGACGUGGUUUACUUCGAUGUGCACAGAAGAGGUAUAAUGGAGGACUGCUUGAAUUUCAUAAAAGCUUACAAGAAAUUGGAGAUACAAAUGAUCAUUGGUUUGAUAUAGAUCCUACAGAAGAUGGAGAUUUACCUACAACUUUUAAAGAUCUUCUCAAUAAUUUUAUCAAGACAACUGAAAGUAAUAUAAUGAAACAGACCAUUUGUAGUUAUCUAGAUUGUGAACGAUCUUGUGAAGCUGAUAUUUUAAAGAACACCAAUUAUAAGGGAUUUUUUCAGUUAAUGUGCAGUAAAAGUUGCUGUAUUUAUUUCCAUAAAAUUUGUUGGAAAAAGUUCAAGAAUUUAAAAUAUCCAGGCGAACAUGAUCAGAGUUUUAGUGGGAAAAAAUGUUUGAAGGAAGGAUGUACAGGUGACAUGGUAAGAAUGCUACAAUGUGAUGUACCUGGAAUUGUUAAAAUUUUGUUUGAAGUUGUGAGAAAGGAUGAAUAUAUAACCAUUGAAAAUUUAGGAGCAAGUUAUAAGAAGUUGAUGUCUCUGAAAAUAAGUGAUACUGAUAUAAGACCGAAGAUCAGUUUAAAAUUUAAUACAAAAGAUGAAAUGCCUAUCUUCAAACUUGAUUAUAAUUAUUUCUAUCAUCUGCUUCAUAUAAUUAUUAUUUCUGGUACUGACACUGUUCGGCAAAUAUUUGAUGAGGCUAUGCCACCCCCUCUUUUGAAAAAAGAGCUGCUUAUACACAAGAAUGUACUGGAAUCCUACUACAACCAUCUUUGGACCAAUCACCCUUUGGGUGGAUCAUGGCAUCUUCUUUACCCCCCAAACAAGGAGCUACCACAGUCCAAACAGUUUGACUUAUGCCUCCUAUUAGCUCUCAUAAAACAUUUGAACGUAUUCCCUGCACCAAAAAAAGGCUGGAAUAUGGAACCACCAUCUUCUGAUCUCUCUAAGUCUGCAGACAUCCUGAGGCUGUGCAAAUACAGGGAUAUCCUCCUUAGUGAGAUUUUGAUGAAUGGUCUCACUGAGUCACAAUUCAAUUCAAUUUGGAAAAAAGUUUCAGAUAUUCUUCUGCGACUUGGGAUGAAGCAAGAGGAUAUUGACAAAGUGAAGGAAAAUCCCAUUGAGAAUAUCUCCCUUGAUUACCAUCAGCUAUCCAUCUACCUAGGCAUACCAGUACCAGAAAUCAUCCAGAGGAUGUUAUCCUGCUAUCAACAAGGAAUUGCUCUGCAGUCAAUAACUGGCAGUCAACGUAUUGAAAUAGAAGAGUUGCAGAAUGAGGAGGAAGAACUAAGUCCACCACUCAUGGAAUACAAUAUAAAUGUGAAAUCAAACACUGAAAUACAGUUAGCAGAAAUGAAUAAAGAUGGAGCCUCGAUACCCAGUGAAUCUUCAACAGAAUCUAUUAAAGAUCUCCAGGAAGUUAAGAGUAAACCAAAGAAAAAGAAAAAAACUAAGAAUAAAAAGACUAAGGACUCAAAAGAAGAACAAGUCUCAUAUAUGGUAGAAAAGGAAGAACAAGUGAAGAAAGAACAAACAAAUCCACAACUCAUUGGUAGAUUUAUGAAAGAUGAUGCAAGUGAUAUUCAAGAGGAUUCUGCAUCUGAAGAUAAGUUUUAUAGCCUGGAUGAAUUGCAUAUUCUGGACAUGAUAGAGCAGGGUUCAACUGGAAAGGUAACUACGGACUAUGGAGAAACUGAAAAGGAGAGGCUUGCCCGUCAACGGCAGCUUUAUAAACUACACUAUCAGUGUGAAGAUUUCAAAAGACAGUUGAAAACAGUGACAUUUAGGUGGCAAGAAAAUCAAAUGCAAAUUAAAAAGAAAGACAAAAUCAUCGCAUCUCUUAACCAACAAGUGGCUUUUGGAAUCAAUAAAGUUUCCAAAUUACAACGUCAGAUCCAUGCUAAAGAUACUGAAAUCAAGAACCUUAAAGAGCAACUUUCCAUGAAAAGCUCCCAAUGGGAAAUGGAGAAGCAUAAUCUGGAAAGCACAAUUAAAACAUACUUAAGCAAGGUGAAUGCAGAAACUAGCAGAGCCUUAACAGCUGAGGUGUAUUUCUUACAGUGUCGUAGAGAUUUUGGUUUGCUUCAUCUGGAGCAGACUGAGAAGGAAUGUCUCAGUCAGCUUGCCAGAGUGACUCACAUGGCUGCAAGCAAUUUAGAAUCACUUCAAUUAAAGGCUGCAGUAGAUAGUUGGAAUGCCAUUGUGACGGAUGUUAGAAACAAGAUUGCAUUUCUCAGGACUCAGUACAAUGAACAAAUCAAUAAGGUGAAGCAAGGGUUUGCCUUGAGUUCCUUGCCUCCAGUCCAGCUUCCUCCACCACCACCCAGUCCUGAGAUACUGAUUGCAGCAGUUCUUAGGAAGACCCCUUGUGAAAGAAUCAUUCUUUAGACCCAUACUUACUGUUCCUCAAAUGCCUGCAGUUUGCUCUGGAGUCAUCUCUACAGCAGGCCAACCUAGAGCCCCCCUGAUGACUGGCAUAGCCUGGACUAUGCCAACCCCUGUGGGAGAGGCCGUGUCUCCUGGAGCAGGUCUGGGAAGUGAUCCUUCCAUGCUGAAUGGGAGAGGAUUACAGACAGGCUGAAAACUGCUUUUCCACAACAAACUAGAAAGGAGCUUACAGAUUUCUUACGGAAAUGGAAGGAUACUCAUGGGAAGACCUUAUCUGGGCUGACAUUUGAUGAAAAUUGUUUACAAAAAUUUCCCAAUUUAUUGAUCCCAAGAAAUCUCAGAGUCAAGGAAAAUCAGUUCCAAAUGGUAAUAGUGUUUCACCCAGUCAUUCCUCAUCACAGCCUAAUGCUCCGCAGCCUCCAAAACCAGCCUGGAAGCCCCUCAGUUCACAAGGUUCUGCCACAUGGGAAGGAGCAAAUAAUUUGGAUGAUGAGGAAGAAGAAGAGGAACCUUGUUAAUUUGCAUGAGAAUCUUUCUCCAGAAAACCUUUCAGUUUUGCCUUGUGCUCACAAAUUCCACUCUCAGUGCAUUAGACCAUGGUUGAUGCAACAGGGGACAUGCCCAACCUGUAGACUCCAUGUUUUAUUACCAGAGGAAUUUCCUGGUCACCCCAGCCGGCAGUUGCCCAAGGCGUGAUAUAAGGCAGGUGACUAUGCA